AUGGUUCAAGAGUACGUGUCCCCCGUGCGGGUCCACAAGUUUCCCUUCGAGAUGGUGAUGGCUGCAUACGAAAGGCGGUUUCCAAGCUGCUCGCAGAUUCCGGUGGUGGUCGAUUGCCCCAUCAUUGAGGACUGUUGGUCUCCGGACGACUCGCAGCGGGACACCACACGCAGGUGUCAGCUGAACGUGGAAGCACCGUACCUUCUUAAGAAGAUGAUCGGAGUGGAUUACGUGUACUUCAUUCAGAAGAAUCACUUAGACCUGGAGAGUCGGGUACUGGAGAUCGAAGCCACCAACGAGACGUUUGCCUCCAGGGUCGGCGUCGUCGAAAAAUGCAAAUACUAUGUCCAUCCCGAAAAUAACGAGUGGACAUGUUUCGAACAGACCGCGAUUCUCGACGUUCAUAACUUCUUCGGUCUGGAGAAUACCGUCGAGAAGAUCGCUAUGAAGCAGUACUCUGCAAACAUCUCCAAAGGUAAAGAGCUUAUAGAAUCGUUCAUGAAGGAAGUGUACGCUGAUGGUGUUAUGGACUUGCGGCCCUGGCAGAAGCAGGACCCUGAACACAACAGGAAUUUGCGCCGCAUCAUAUCCCGCAACACGGAACCUCUGUCGCCUCGUGCCGCAGCUGAACCGCGCAGACAUUCGCAACCAGAUCAAUAUACCCUGGAUAGCGAAUACAUCAAGAGAAACUUGGGAGAGUUGACUCCUAUGCAGGAGUCGAGGUUGUUGCAGCUGCGGAAGUGGAUCGCUGACUUGCAGAAGGGAAAGGUGCCCAGCGAUAAGACGUUACUCCGAUUCCUACGAGCUCGUGACUUCAACGUGGAGAAGGCACGCGAGAUGCUUUCGCAGUCGCUGCUCUGGCGGAAGAAGCAUCAGGUGGACAGGAUCCUAUCCGAGUACGAGACGCCGGAUGUUGUCAAGCAGUACUUCCCUGGUGGCUGGCACCACCACGAUAAAGAUGGACGUCCUCUGUACAUUCUUAGAUUGGGGCAGAUGGAUGUGAAAGGACUCCUGAAGUCCAUCGGAGAAGAUGGCCUCUUGAAGUUGACUCUUCACGUGUGCGAAGAGGGUCUGAAGCUGCUGGAGGAGGCGACGCGGUCGUCGGCGGCGGCGGUGCAGCGCUGGAGCCUGCUGGUGGACCUGGACGGGCUCAACAUGCGGCACCUGUGGCGGCCCGGCGUGCGCGCGCUGCUGCGCGUCAUCCGCCUCGUGGAGGACAACUACCCGGAGACCAUGGGCCGCGUGCUCAUCGUGCGCGCGCCCAGGGUCUUCCCCAUACUCUGGACCAUCGUCAGCACCUUCAUAGAUGAGAAUACUCGUAGCAAAUUCUUAUUCUAUGGCGGUAAGGAUUACUUACAACCUGGCGGUCUGCUUGACUACAUCCCCAAGGAUCUCAUACCAGACUUUUUAGGAGGACCUUGCAAGAGUUUCGUGCACGAAGGUGGGUUGGUUCCGAAGAACCUGUACGUGGCGGGAGUGUUCACGGAGCGCGACGGUGACCCACUGAGCGAGGACACCUUGUACAGAUGCAUCAGCCUUGCGAAGGGACAGGUGCACGAGGUGUUGGUAGUGAAUCGGGACCCGAUGAGCGUUCUCACGUGGGACUUCGAUGUGCUGAGGCAGAGCCUCUCCUUCUGCGUGUACCGCACCGCCCACCUGCUGCCGCCGCCCUCGCAUCUGGCCCACACGCAUGCAGGUGCAUGUGUGGGGGGAGGUGGUGAUGACUACGGCUCGAUCAUAGAGCGACGCGAGUGGCAGGAGGGUGAACAUUACCACCGCGUUGAACCAGCACUCGUCUGCCACGACGGGGAGAGCGUGCAGGGCUCUCACGUGAUGCUGGAGGAGGGGAGCUACGUGCUGCAGUGGAGGUGUGAGUCUGGUGCUGCACAACUUGUAUACUUCCAUGAAACACUCGCCAGCCACCACUACAAGGGCUCCAUGUCGAGCUUGCAGUCGGGCACGAGUGGGUUCUCGUGCCUGAGCGGCAAGUCGGCCGCCAGCUCGUGCCCCUCGCGGUGA